AUGGCACCCGUUUUUUCGCUUGAGAGUGAAACCUCUCUUCGCACCCACCCGAUUCCCCCAACUCCUCUUUCCCAACUAGCAGUCAACCCUCUUCUUCUACCACCACAUCCUAUCCUUUCGACAUCUACUCUGAUAUCAGUUCUUUCAAACAAUGAAAGUUGCUUUGCUCACUGCAAUCCGAACCAGAUCAUCCCCCUAGCGACUAUCAUCAAUCCCAAAACUGUUACGGAGAAUUCGGCAUCCUUUCGACGCACCGAAUUUUCCAUCGUCUUCCACCCCCACUCCCAUCGCACCUCCGGUCUUGAGACAAUUCACCCGAACCAUCCAUAUCAAUCCAUCUGGCGAUCUUGGAGAGGUAUCUCUGGAUUUUCUAGAAGGCUUGAUCGGUUGCAGAAAGGCAACCCAUUCUAA